AAGUUUAAACCAGUGGCGAGUUGUUUUCUAUGCUGAGGAUGGUGGUAGUGAGUUACUUGCUACAGUAGAACAAGAAAAUUCUAACUUAUAAUAAUAUAGAAUUAACAUGUAAGAUAUUAAUCCGCAAAGAUUACUAGCACAAGGGAAGGACAAAACAGAAUGACUUCCAAUUCCAAUAAAAAGCAAAAAAUUGCUCACUGCAUUCCAAAAAGAGCUGUUUGCAUUCUUUGUGAAACCAACUAUGAAGAAGAGUUGAUGGUUGGAAAGUUCUUUCAUCAUGAUGAAUUCUCAAUACAUCAUUUCUGUAUGCUGUUAGCCAGUGGUCUGGAACAAAAAGGGCAAACUGACGAAGAUGGAAUUGUUGGGUUUUUGCCUGAAGACAUUUGGAUAGAAGUAAAGCGAGGAAGAAGACUGCGAUGUUUCUUUUGUAAAAAGACCGGGGCAACAGUGGGCUGCUGUAAUAAGAACUGUAGGAAAGUGUUUCAUGUGCCUUGUGCUUAUGGACGAGGUGUCCUUCACCAGUUUUUUGAUAAUUUUUCGUCUUUUUGUGCAGACCACAAGCCUAAACAAAACAUCUCAAAGAAAUCCAGUAUACUCUAUUCGUGCCCGAUCUGUCUGUAUUCUGUCAAUAACCAAGAUGUUGACAACGUCAUACUUUCUCCAUGCUGCAAAAAUUCGUUGUUUCACCGACAAUGUAUCCAGAUGCAGGCUUUAUGUGCUGGGUACUUCUUUAGGUGCCCCAUCUGCAAUAAUAAGGAAGACUUUCAAAAUGAAAUGCUUACAUAUGGUAUUUACAUACCUGAACAGUAA